CCAUCAUGGGUCGCCCAUGGAUCAUACGAAGUUGACUCGUUGCAAACCAGGUCGCCAAGGCUAGGGCUGCAUCGUCGUCUCCGGUCAUCUCUGCAGACGACGAUUGCUGACGAAAAAUGAGUUCUUCCUUGACUCCCAAACGAAUUCCUCCACCGAAUCUUCUUCGUCGUUUGAUAAACCCUAAACCCUUUUGUUCACAAUCUCGAUCUUCCAGGGCACCCGACUAUCCAGCCCGCGACAGCAAUUCUACCGGGAAACCCCUCCACGAAUCCGCUUCUCCUAAACGUCCAGUCAAUUCCACAUUAUCGGACUCUGUGCCUUAUCCCUCCACCUCCAAAUAUGGAGGCGACAUCAUGAACGAAGCGCGUGUGAUCGACGCGCUUCUGGGUCACCGGAGUGACCCACGGUCGGCUCUUCGGUACUACAAUUGGGUCGAGCCGUGGGGCGGGUUCGACCAAGAUGGCGACGUGUUGUGGGUACUCGUUCACAUUCUGCUGGGUUGUCGCGAGACGUUCGCUCCCGCCAGAGAUUUGAUCAUACGGUACCUUUCGAACUACUCAAUCCCUAAGCCAAGCGUGGCAGUCAAUCGCAUCGUCUAUUGCGCUGAAAAGUUUGGGUUUGAACUAAAUUCUCGAGCUUUUAAUUACUUGUUGAAUGGUUAUAUCCGAGCGAGGCGUGUGGAUGAUGCCGUAGACUGCCUCAAUCUAAUGUUAGAGCGAAAGGCGAUUCCAUUCGUUACGUAUAUGAACAGUCUUUUUAGUGCUUUACUUAGAAGGAACUCCAUGGAUGAAGCUCGAGAACUGUAUCAUAAGAUGGUUACCUUAGGUGUUACUGGUGAUAACUUUACCACGCAGCUGUUCAUGCGGGCGAGUUUGAGAGAAGGGAAGCCUGAGGAGGCUGCGGAGAUUUUUGGUGAUGCGAAGAGUAGAGGGGUAGAGCCUGAUGGAUUAAUGUAUAGUCUUGCUAUUCAGGCUGCCUGCAAGAAGCCCGAUUUGAGUAUGGCUUUUGGUCUGUUGAGAGAGAUGAGAGAAAAGAUGAAUGUUCCAUCUCAGGAAACGUAUACUAGUGUGAUAACGGCUUCCGUGACAGAGGGAAACUUGGAGGAGGCAUUGAGGUUAAAGGAUGAGAUGGUGAGUUGUGGGAUACCGAUGAAUGUAAUUGCUGCAACGAGCCUGAUUAAGGGGCACUGCAAGAACGACGAUUUGGUCAGUGCUUUGGAUUUGUUUAGAGAGAUGAAGGAGAAAGGACCGUCCCCGAACAAGGUUACUUUUUCGGUUCUGAUAGAAUGGUGUUGUAGGAAAGAGAAUAUGGAGAAGGCCCUUGAGCUUUACGAGGAAAUGAAACUUGUAAGUAUUCCUCCUUCUUGCUUUCAUGUUCACUCAAUGAUUCGAGGGUAUUUGAAAGCUCAGACUCCAGAAAAGGCACUGACGAUAUUUGAUGAGUCGGUUGAAUCUGGUGUUGCAAAUACUUUCAUCUGUAACAGUAUUUUGUCAUGGUUAUGCAAGCAAGGCAAGAUAAAUGAGGCUAUAAACUUGGUACGUAUGAUGGAGAGUAAGGGUAUUGAGCCUAAUGCAGUUUCUUACAAUAAUAUGAUUCUUGCCCAUUGCAAAGUGAAAGAUAUGGAAAAGGCUCGUAUUAUUUUUUCAAAGAUGCUGGAGAAGGGUCUUAAACCGAAUAACGUCACGUAUUCCAUUUUGAUCGAUGGAUAUUCCAAAAAUGGUGAUAUACAGAAUGCUUUUGAUGUUCUCCAUGAAAUGGAUUCUUCUAGUGUCACUCCCAACGAGGUCGUGUUCAGCUCUUUUAUUGAUGGUGUGUGCAAGGCCGGUAAGACAUCUGAUGCAAGAGAUGCGUUGCAAAAGUUCAUCAGUGAAUUGAAUUUUGGCCCGAGUUGCAGGACUUACAAUAGCAUCAUAGAUGGGUUUGUCAAAGAAGGCAAUCUUGAUUCUGCAUUGGCAACUUACAGGGAGAUGUGUGACAAUGGUGUUUUCCCCACCGCAGUAACCUAUACAAGCUUGAUCAAUGGCUGCUUCAAAUCUAGUAAGAUGGAUCUUGCGCUGAAAAUGACUAAGGAAAUGGAAGACAGGGGUAUCAAACGGGAUAUUCCAGUCUACGGUGCUUUAAUAGACGGGUUUUGUAAAAUGCGAGACAUGGAAAAAGCUUCUGCUCUGUUCUCUGAACUCCUUGAACUAGGGUUGUGCCCAUCUGUUACUGUUUACAAUAGCUUGAUUUCGGGUUACCGUGAUGUGGGAAAUAUUGACGCGGGGCUUGAUUUGUACAAGAAAAUGAUGAACGAUGGUAUACACUGUCAUCUGCCAACGUAUACAACUCUGAUAGAUGGAUGUCUGAAGGAAAGAAAGUUGGAUAUUGCUUUGGAUUUGUACUCGAAGAUGAUUGAAGAGGGUAUCAAACCGGAUUUCAUCAUGUACACAGCACUUGUCAGCGGUCUAUGUAAGAACGGGCAGCUGGUGAAUGCACAAGAGAUUCUCGAAGAGAUGGAGAAGAAGGGUAAAAUUCCAAACGUGAACAUCUACAAUGCCCUGAUCGCCGAGCAUCGUAGUGAAGGAAAUCUGAACAAGGCUUUCGCACUUCACGACGAAAUGCUUGAUAAGGGUGUUACACCUGAUGGUCAUACGUAUGAUGUUCUCAUCGGCAGAAAAGCCGGUGGUGGGGUAGAUUCUCAUAAUAACCUGUGAUGAUUUUGUACUGCACAAGGUUGGCCCUUUAUCGGUCUCUCGUCAUGUUGGUUUAGUUUCAGAUGCUCGAAAUUUUCUCGAGGGAUCGUAUGAGAAGGGGAAGCCAUUACUGUUUCGAUGAUUCCGGAAACGCGAGAGCUGUGAUGCAAUGGGAUCGGAAGCCCUUUUUUUCUGGCAGGUUUCUUCAAAAAUCCCCCAUGUCAGUGUACUUAUCGGUCAUUCUUGUGAUCUCUAACACAACCAUGGCUUGGAAGUUGCAGUCUGACAUGGUGUCUUCAGUUAGAAAACCCUAACAGUGGCAUUGUUUUGUUGGUUUUGUCUUCUGCAAAAUUCUGAAGCAGCAACGAAAGAAGAUGAGCCUGAGAGAAGACAGGAGGGAUGUUCCUGAAAUGUUGAAACCACAGUUGAAAGAAUCUGAUGACUUGUUUCUUUCUUCGUUAGGACAGUUUUUGGUUAUGUUAUGGUUUUGAAUAUUUAUGAUGUUUAUGUAUAGUUUUGCUUUGGAAUCCCUAUUGGGGUUUCAAGGUUUUAAAAAAAAUGUAUUCCAUCA